GUUUUCACGGGCCAUUAUUUUCCAUUUCAGAUCUCUUCACUUUCUUGUCCCCUCUCACCCCCUCUUUAAUGCCCUUCUGUUUUUACAAUGACAUAUUCUGAAAUAUUCUUACCAAGCUUUCUUCUUUUCUUAUCCUCCAUAGCUCUUCUGCGUCUCAUUUUUUUUUUUCCCUGCUUCUUUCCGUAGUUUUGAAUUAAUAUCUUCAUAGAUAUCUUUGAGGUCAAUGAUGAUGAAAUCUCCAACACACUCAAGAUCUGAGGCAAGUUAUUAUGAUGCAUACGGAUUUGAUCUGCAGGAGGACUUUUCUCAGUUCUUGGAGGAAGCAAGAAAAUAUGAGAUGACAGAAGCAAAAGUGAAGAGCUCAUCAUCAGUGCACCCAGAAGGUGGAAGAGGAGGGAAGAGAGAAGAAUCAGCAGAUAAAGAGAGAGAGAAGAAAAGUGGGAAGAAGAAAAAAUCAUGGAAAAGUUCAGUGAUUUCAUGGUGGAAAGCUGAGAGGAAAAGCAAGCCCACCAACAAGGACAUUAGUUCUGAAGAACCGAAGGGUUCUUGUGGGAAAAAACAAAGUCAUGUCUCUGGUCCAAUAUACAACACUGGAAAAGCUUCUAAUGCAAAGAAACAAUGGCGUCCCCAUUCUGGUCCUCUCAUCACAAGUCUCUUCUCUAAAUCUUCAAAGAAAGAGAAUCACAACGAGAUUCCCUACGUGUGUCUCCAGCAAAACCAGCAACCAAAUAGUCCUCAAGAUUUUCACAUUCAGAACUAUGGUCCCCUCUAUAUCGUCUCUUGAAUCUGCACAUCUGAAUUUGAAAUUCUUAGGUAAGAUAUGGUGCUUCAAAGCCUACAUGUUAGGAUGCUGAAACUAAUUCCUGAGACAUGGCUUGAAUGAAGACAACAUAUCCAACUUUUGAGUUUCUCUAUCAGAAAUUCACAUUCUUCUAACAGAAUUUUCCAUUUUCUACUGCAAAUUGAGUGUGAAUGAAUGUAUUGGCUGUUGAAAUGAGAAUCAUGUUUAAUAUGGUCAUAUUCAACAUCGUAUGGCUUUUUUUA